UUGUUGCGCUAUAAGGACCUUUGCUGACAGUCUUUUUAAUCAUGAAAGUCAAUAUUCUCAUCUAUGUGUUUGUCGUCAUCGUAUCAUUCGCGUCGAUAAACUCGAUGGUGACGGUACCAGUAAAACAAUUCUGCGGCAGAAAAUUAUCAGACGCACUGGCUUUCUUAUGCCCAUACCAAGAUCACGUGAAAAGGACUUACGACGGCUUCUCGAACGAUAUCGAAAAUGAUUGGUCCUGGUUGGGUCUACCGAAGAUAAGAGCUUUGGACGGUGUGAGGGGCAAGAGGCAAGGAGUGGCAUCAGAGUGCUGUUUGAAGCCUUGCUCGAUAUCGGAAUUAAUGACAUACUGUUAGACGAUGCAAGAAUACUAUUUUAAGCAGAUCUUAUAGAUCAUAAUGGUAUAUGUUUGUUGGUGUCUUUAUAUCUUAACAAGAAUCUACCAUGUUUUCAAGUACAAAAUUAAUGGACUUUUAAAGAAUGAAUUUUUGAUCUUUUUUUUUAAUUUGUUUCCUGUAAACGAAGAAUCGUCAAUGAAAAUGUCAUAGUUUUGACUUAACAGUGAAGACUCAGUUAGCCAAGUCAGGGUUACUUUUUUAUAAAACUAGUAUAGAGUAGAUACUUAGUUUUAAAAUACUUAGUUUAAGAUUUACUGACAUGUGACCGAUAUGAACAUGAUGAUUAAAGAAAUGGUGUUAAAUAAAUGGUUGAUGGUUUCAUGAUGAA